AUGUCUGAUACCUCGGAUGCGCCACUACCCCAGACCCAAUCCCUUCGCCGGUCUGCGACUCUUCCUUCCAAACUGAUUACCAGACCCCGGCGACAAUCCGAGUCGCUGAGGCCCUCGGAGAACGAUCUCUUCUACCACCCUUCUGCCAAAGUCGUCCAUUUUGCCCCUAGAGCGCUCGCCCCAAUCCCCUCCAGUACUGCGCCCUCCGACUUCGACUAUCCUGUUGAUACUGUUGAGACACUUCCUUGGAGGUCCCCUACUGAACGAACGGUCGCUCUCGGCCCGCUUCGCCUGGAGAAUGUCCACGGCCUUACUGUCUUCCUCAAGUGCGGCAAUGUCGUCCAUGCCAUCCUCAAGAACUCGCAAUGUUGGUGUGUCGACGGCGAGUCAACCUUUGUCUUGCGCAUUCGCCCUCUGACGUACUAUCGCAUCGAACUCCCCGCCGACACCGACCACAACAAGGUCUUAGUCACGGAGAUGAAAAAUGUUCUGCCCAGGGUUCUCCGUUACGAAAUGACACCAUGCCCCUUCAAGAGAGGUUUCACUGUUGAGAUACCAGAGGAGGCUAAGGCGCCCAGGAGGAAGAGAGCAUGGCGACCCAAAGGUCGUCGCGAAAGUGCCCCAAUCAGUUCAGUCUACUACCACGGACUGUCCAAGUCGAAGGAGGACCUCACAAAAGACCCAGUCAGUGCCGGGGAAGAUACGGAUGGCGAGGCGACGGAUGACAGCGGCUUUUCGACCAAGGCCAGUAACAGUGCCAGUAACAGUACUAUCUUGGAGACUAUUCCGGAUGACAAUGAAACUCCGGAAGCACCUCAGACAUUCGAACAGGUGGAUUCACCCAAGCGCCCAGACCCAGAACCCGAACAGAAUUUCCAGACCUUGCUGGCAAGGUUUGAAGACAAACCCAAACAACAGGUUGAUCCUGAAACAACGUUUUCAUCGAGCGUUGAAUCCUUCCACUCCCUUGGACCAUCGUUAUCUACAUUACCCGAACUUGACGCCUGCUCUACGCCUACAUCGACCGAGGGCACUGAGCAGUUCCAAUCUGACCACAGUGACACUCAUUCGCCGCCUGAAGAACAGCCCUUCCAAGAAACAGAGCGCUCGAGAGACAGACUAUCAGUGUAUGUUGACUGCUGGGAUGACUUGUCGUCCGCAUCGCACGAUAUGCCUGGAGCCUUCCACGAGCGCGAAAUCAAGCCGAUUCCGACCAAAGUCCCUGACGUUCAACGUCCAGUCGCACCCCGCACCGGAAGUACCGACUCGAACCCCAACCUCAGCAGCAUGAGCAUCGAAUUCCGCCGACGCUCCAAAGCAUCCCUUGAGCGCGAAGUGUCCCCUAUGCCACCUGCAUCGUCUUUGGCAGUUGCAAGACCCGAGAAACAUGAUGCGGCGUCGCUUAUUCAUAAAACCGCCACACUUGUCCUGGUUCCCCCGAUCCAGCUACUUGUUGUUCUCAUCCACAUCGCCGCGCGCAUUGUCAUCGGCCCAGCCUUGGAAUCCGCGAUGGGGGAACUGAACCGGAAGAUUGAGUACGAGGUUGACCAUGCCCAGGACACUGUGGAUGACUUCGAUUUGCCUCUCCCUGACCGAUCCGGGGUGUCUGCGGAUGAGAACUCCAACUGA